CAGUUCGCGCUCGUUCAGCGGUGUGUGCGGUCGUGAUGUAAAAGUUGUGCGGGAUCAAAACAUUGGAAGAUUUUCUGGAAUUUUGCACGCUUUUUUUACGAUUGUUCCGGAUUAAAAUAGGAUGGCACUGUUUGUGAGGUUUGCCGGAAGUCGACCGGUGAUGCAGCUAACGUCGGUGCGCAUCGCUGGAUGCCGGUUUCAGUCGACCCAGCAGGAACUGGACACCACCAGCAAGCAUGUCGACGACGAAGAAUUUCGAGUGCUGAAUUUUAAACAAGUUCGAGCCCAGCGGGUCGCACGACGUAAAAUGAACAAAACUGAAGUGCCGCCACCAAGAUCCCAACAGAUGGCCACCGACCAGGACUGGGGCGCCGUCUGGCCCGGCCCCAAAUCGUUCGUCCCGGCGUCCGUUCCGCUGCCGCUGCGCCAGGGCUACGUGUCGAAAAAGUACCAAAUCCCGCCGGGCAAGUUCGCCAACGCCGAGCUGAUGAAGAUCCCCAACUUUCUGCACCUGACGCCGCCGGUCAUCAAGAAGCAGUGCGAAGCGUUGAAGCAGUUCUGCACGCCCUGGCCGAAGGGGCUGGAGACGGAGGAGCGGAUGCGGGCGAGCUUUCCGGUCGAGGUGGUGACGUCGGAUUAUUGCCACGCGUUGCCGACGAUCCGGAAUCCGCUGUCGCGGAUCGUGACGGUGCAGCUGCGGGUGGACACGCUCGGGUUGGACAGGCACGCGAAGGAUAAGUUGCGCCUGGUUGGGGAGCGGUACUGUGCGGAGAGUGGGGUGUUGACGCUGGUCACGGAUCGGUGUCCGUUGAAGCAGCAGAACUAUGACUAUGCGAUGUACUUGUUGACGGCGUUGUAUCACGAGUCGAAUGUGACGGAACCGUGGGAGGACAGUAAGACCGAAGCGGAUAUGGAGUUGUACGAGUUUGGGCGGAAUCGGGCCAAGGUUAGUGCGGAAGGUAUCUUGAACUGGGGGAAGAAGGAGGGAGAGGGUAAAGAGGAGGCUCCGGCGGCUUAUGCUGGAGUUGUGGAGCAGUUGUUCAACGAGGGUGAGAACGAGUACAACGUGCAAAAGUAUAAGGAACAGACGCUGGCGUUGCUCGGGUUGAGCAAGUGAGCGGUUUGGAUGGUAGAAUUGUUCAAGUUAGGAAAUACAAAACGUGCUAAUUAA